AUGCAUCUAGCUGCCCAAAGCGCCUCGGAUGCUUCUGCGAUCUCCAGCUUCGGUUUUGCUCACCGAGAAUUGCUUGCUUUUCCAGAAUCCUGCAUUGCAUUGCAUCUUUGCUAUGCCUUUGUCCGUGCUCUUCUUGUUAAAACUUUCUUCCCGUCUGGCCGUCUCCCCGUCUCGCUCUGCUUCGUCGACGCCCUCCGGAAACCCCCGCCAUCUUCAUCGAUCUUCAUAAUCAUCAUUAAUAUCAUCGUCGUUCGUCGGGCAUCGGCAUCUGCUGUCCCUCUUGUGAUCGUCUUUCUGGCGUCGCAGAACCCCUCCUGGUCCGCGCGCAUCUCAACGUGGUGCCACUUCCAUCUCAUCUGA